AUGGUGCAUCCUAGGGCGGUUUCCGGGCCCGAGUCCGUGCACCCAGCGAGCAAGGCAGGCCCCGAAACGGACGAUGAGGCCGAUCUCUCGCUUGCGUACGUGUCGGGGUACACGCCGGAUUUCCCCAGGAGCAUAGCGUUCCAGCCAGGUUCCAAGCAGCUCGUCUUCACGAGCCAGUCUCUGAUCGUCGCCACGGACCUCGCAGCCUACGACGCGGGCCAACCAGCCCCUGUGGAAGGCAGCGACUCCGCGGCGGCGCCCGAGCCCGGCACACCCCCGCGCCCGCCGCAACGCGUCUUCCGCGGCCACUCCAAUGCCGUCUCGUGCCUGGCCUUCAGCGCGGACGGCCGCCUGCUCGUCUCCGGGGAAGCAGGCUCACGUUCCGAGCCCGGGGCGAUUCGCAUGUGGGACUUCGCGACCGGCCGGUGCCUCGCCGUCGUCUCCGAGCACGCCUGGACCGUUGAGGACCUCGACGUGUCCCUCGACGGGAAGCGCCUCGCCGCGCUGGGCCAGGACUCGGCCGGGAGGGGGAUGCUCGCUGUGUGGGACGUCAGCGCGGUGUUCGGGAAGCCGCGCGGCGCCGGCGCCGACGCCCUGCCGGUUCCGCCGCAGGGCUACGGCAACGUCAUGCUGCUGGACCGCGCGUCGUUCGACGGCGGCUGCGCGCGGGUGAAGUUUUCGCCGUUUGGGGGGCAGGGCGGCGAGGGCGCGGAUCCGUACGUGCUGCUGACGUGCGGGGAGGGCGCGGUCAGACACUGGCGCCUCCGUGGCCGCCAGCUCAGGCACAUGGUGUUGGACCUGGCGAAGCUGCCGCAGGCGCCCGGCGCGGUGGACGAGCAGGACGGCGAGCGCGUCCUGCGGGAGCUGCUCGGCAGCAACGUCUUCACGGACAUCGCGUUCGACGGCGACCUCGCGCUGCUCCGCACCGGGUCGCGCUACGCAUACCUGUCGGCGGCCACGGGGCACGUGCUGCAGGUGGACGUCGCGGCGCUGCGCCUCGAGGCGGUGUACCUCCUUCACCGUGGCCCCGUGAACUGCGGCGUGGCGCAGGACGGCGUCUUCGUGUCUGGGUCCGCGGACCACUCCAUCCGCGUGUGGCCAAUGACAUUCCAGGACUACCUGCUCGAGGUGGAGCAUGACAGCGCGGUCGUGGGCAUGGCGGUGUCGUCGGACGGGCGGCUGAUCGCGGCGGGCAACGCGGACGGCACGCUCGGCGUCCUUCACGUGCGCGAUCACACGUACAGCGUCUUCAUGCGGUCGCACCGCGACGACAUCGUGGCGCUGGCGGUCGACCCGACGGGCGAGGAGUUCUGCACAUCGAGUGCAGACCUCACGGUGCGCGUGUGGUCCCGGCGGACGCUCGAGCAGGUCUGCCAGUUUGCGUGCGCGAGCGGCGUGGCGUGCAAGGCGGUCGCCUACGCCCCGCGGCCGCGGCCGGGCGCCCCGAAGGACGCGCGCGCGGCGCUCGCGUGCGGCUACGACGACGGCAGCGUGCGCAUACUGGACACGGCGAACGCGGUGGUGCUGGAGGAGUACUGUCAGCACCGUACCGGGGUGGCGUCGCUGGCCUUCACGGACGACGCGAAGCACCUCCUGUCGGCAUCCGAGGACGGCUACAUCGUCGUGUACGACGCGCUCCAGCAGUACGCCCCCGUGAAGUACCUCCCCAUCGCGGCGGCGGCGGGGGGGAGUAUACCGCUGGCGACGGACCCUGCGGCGGGCCUUCUCGGGACGGUCACGUCCGACCCCGACUCCGGCUUCAACGUCGUGCUGCUCUUCGCCGGGAGCACGCUCAAGCCGCUCGGGAAGGCCGUGCUCCCGCACGCCAAGGGCAAGCGUCUGGCCUUCUCGCCGCUGUCGGGGCAAGCCGUGCUGGCGACGAGCGAGGGCGUGCUGCAGUUCUGGAACCUCGCCACGUCGCUGCUCGAAUUCGAGGUGCCCGUCGCGGGCCAGGGCGCGGACAUCAUCGACAUGGCCGUCGACGGGCUGCAAAAGCUUGUGUUCUGUGCCCUCUCCGACGGAACGAUCCGCGUGCUGAGCCACCCGCUCACCGCGCUGCUCGACGAGCGCCCCGUCUCGGAGACCGUCUUCGUCACGGACCCCUCCGCGCCGCUGACGCAGUUCCGGCCCGUGCCGCACACCAACGUGGCCCUCGUGACGCAGGGGCGCUCCAUCAUCGAGGUCGAGUGCGCGGUCCCGGGCACGGACGACUUCCGCGUGGCGCUGCGGAACACGCGGCACGCGAUGAUCGCGUCCGGCGUCACGCCGCGCGCGCAGCGGUCGCGCCUUGGCGUGGACCAGGACCGCAUGCCACCACACGCGCAGGAGGCCAGGGAGCUCACCAAGUACAUGUUCGGGCCGAUCCUGGACAUGGCGCUGCUGCGGGACGACGCGCUGGCGUACACGAUGGGCCGGUGCGUGAUGUGGGAGUCGGUGCGGUCCGGGCGGCAGCGCGCCGUGGUUUGGGCGCCCAGCCAGGUGACGUGCGUGCAUAUGGUGCCCGGGCGCGCGAUCGCGCUGGUCGGGCUGGCCGGGCAGGACGACGAAGCGCAGCCAGGGAAGCGCGUCGCUUGCGACAUCCUGCUCAUGGACACGACGGCGGACGGCGAGCCCUGGCGGCACCGGGGUGUCCUGACUGAGCACGAGGACACCGUGUCGCUGGUGCGGGCCUCCGAGUGCGGGCAGUGGGCGGUGUCGCAGGACGUCGCGGGCCUCCUGUGCCUGUGGGACCUCACGACGCUCACGUGUGCGUUCCGCGCCUCGCUCCCGCGCCUGCACGACAUGGUCAUCGCGCAGACCACGCCCUCCUUCGAAAUCAUCGUUUCCGGCCCGACGGUGGCGCUGGCGACCGUGGCGAUCGCGCCACCGGAAUACUCUCUCCGGCCGGUCCCCGGCGUAUUCCUCCCGCAGCAGAUCGUGGCCAGCUGCUUCGGUCAGGUGUCGUACGAUGGGUACUUGGAGCACGUGCUGGUGUGGGCGGCGGACGGCGCGCUGGGCCUCUUCGGCGUGCCGGCGCCGAGCAACGCGCCGCCGUCGCCGCGCCGCCUCGCCCUCGGCACCGACGGCGACACCGGCACGCCAAUCGACACUGGGGACCUCUCCGUCGACGACACCGCCUCGCAAGGGGAGGGGCCGCCCGACAGCCCCUCGAGGGCCUCGACGCUGCGCGUGCGCACGGAGCUGUCGGCGCUGCAGGGCGUGAGCGCCGUGGCGGUGUGCGACGGAAAGGUCGUGGUGGGGCUACACAGCGGGGCGUUGCUGGAGUACUCCGCGAGGACCGCGGAGGAGGCCCCGCGGCAGAUGGCGACGAUGUCGGGCGCUGCGAUGACGGACGACGCGGAGGACGGGGGGGCCGUGGCGGCGGGCGGCGAGGCCGCGAGGGAGCCGGCGAUGGUGCUGACGGCGCAGGCCGAGGUGAGCGGAGCGGUGCUGCGCGUGGGCACGCUGGGCGCGCGCGGCGCGACGGCCGUGACGUCGACGGGCGGGAUGUAUCUCGGGGCGGGCAUUUUGGCGCUGCAGCGGUUUGCGCACGGCCUGACGCCCCCCGACAGCAACGCGCCAUUGCGGGCGUUCUGGUCCAGCCUAUCGUUCGCCGGCGGGGCGGCGGCGUGCAACGUGAUGGCGUACAACAGCACGACGCCCGGCACCAUCGCGACGCUCGCGAUCGGCGACGAGGCGUUCGGGGGGGGGGAGUUCGACGACGAGAACCAGCUGACUCUGUUCCAGGUUCUACCGUCGGGGCAGCACGUGGUGUCCGGCAACGUGGCCGGCGAGGUCACGAUCGCGACGGCGGGCCGCGGCAAGCAGCUCUGGUCCAAGCACAUCCACAACUCGCCCGUUUUGGGCCUGGCGUUCAGCCCGGACGAGGAACGCGUGGUCACCAUGGACGCCGAGGGCUUCGGGGAGCUGCGCACGCUGGCGGACGGACAGCACAUCCAGCGCCUCAAGCUCCCCGUCGAGGGCGUGCGCAAGGGCGAGCCCCCGGAGAUCAUCGGCAUGGCAUGCUCAGAGUCCUGCAUUUGUGUUCUGGGGACAGACUGGGUUCAGACCUUCCGGCUGUCGUGGGACACCCCGCGUGACGAGGACGGCGCGCUGCCGCGCGUGCGGCGCGGCUCGACCACGCGCCUGGCCGCCGCGGGGCUCGACGAGGUCCACACGAUCGCGCUGCUUUCGCCCGGGCUGGCGGCGCUGCUGGGGAGCCAGCUGGGGAUUCUGAGCGUGGCGAGCGGCAACCUCACGCUGCCGGGCAUCGAGCGGCCGAUCAGCGUCGCGAUCGACCCGCAGCAGAAGCGCGCCGCGAUUGGGUCCGCGUCAGGGGAGCUCCACGUGCUGAGCACGCUACGUGGCAAUGUCCUGCAGUCGACAGACAUGUCAGUGUUGACAGGGGGGGGGAGUGUCGGCGCUGACGGGGCCGACGCCGAGUGCCACGCGCUGGGGAUGUUCGAGGGCGGCGCCGUCGCGCACUGCUACGGCCACACUGCCUGGAUCCUGUGCCCCGUGACAGAGUGA